GCGCAAUUUCUGCCAGGCCACCCUCAGUCCUCAAGGCAGAGACACUGAGCAGCAGGGACCCUUCUGGCCUGAUCAGCAGCUGGCAAAUGUGGUGGAACUAGCCAAGCCUCUGAGUUUCCAGGCAGCCACGAGAGCAAGAUGGGAUGGGGUGUGUGCAGAGCACCAGGAGGCUCUGAAGCUGUUCUGUGAAGAGGAUCAAACUCCCAUCUGUGUGGUGUGUGACAGAUCCCAGGCUCACAGGGAGCUGCCCAUAAAGGAAACUGCCCAGGAAUACAAGGAAAAAUUGGAGGCCCAUUUGAAGACUCUGAGGGAAGAGAGAGAUCAGGUACUGGGAAGGAAAACAACAGCAGAAGGGAAACGCCAGGAGUAUCUGAAAUGGACCCAAGCAGAGAGGCAGAUGAUUGUGGCUGAGUUUCAGCAGCUCCGGAAGUUCCUGGAGGAACAAGAACGACUUCUGCUGGCCCAGCUGGAGAAGCUGGAUGAGGAGAUUGGGAGGCUCCAGACUGACACUGUCAGGAAACUCUCUGUGCAGAUUUCCCGUAUCAGCGAGUGGAUCAGUGAGCUGGAGGGGAAGUGUCAGAAGCCAGCGAAUGAAUUCCUGAAGGACGUCAGAAACACCCUGAGUAGGUGUGAGACGGGGCAGUUCCAGCUGCCAGAGGAGAUUUCCCCUGAACUGGAAGAACAAGUCAGAGGUUUCUCUCAGCAAAUGAUUGUGCUGUCGGAGACUCUGAGGCAGUUCAAAGACAUGCUGCCCUCUGCACUGGAGAGAGCAGGAAGAAAAUCCCUGGGAGCUUUCAGACAGGGUGAGUUUGCAGGUGGAGAUUCUUUAAAUGAUGAGAAAAUUCCUGUGAAAACAUCUUCAUGGGAUUGUCAUUGAAGUUACCAACCAGACCCAGUGACCACGGCGAGCACAGCCCUAAAUCUCACCCACUGAUCAGAGAGGCGACCCACGGGGCACUGCAUGGGGACCUGCGGACACUUUGAGAAACACUGGUCUAUGGGUUUGUGAUGCUAGAGGGGUGAAGUUAAAGCACACAACGGACAGAACCUUCAGGCUCAGAUUUCACUGCUCAGUCUGUUUCAAUAUGGGGUUCUUGAAUCAUAGGACUGGAAGGG